GUCUUUUCAAGGGGAUUCAUCAUAAUAACAACAGACCAACGAAACACACACCCAUACACACAUACACAUACAACAAUAACGAGCUCAUUGGAUACUUACAACAUAAGCUACAUCACUAUAUUUUGUCAAAUAUUCAAUACCUAUCUCCCGAGCUUCCCUCUCUAAACAACAAACUUGGCACGGCGGUGAAUUAAGGAACCCUAGGACAAAAUGACGAUCGAGAUCCGACCGAUCCAACCCGAAGACAUCUCGUCCGUGGUAGAAUGCAUCCAACUAGCAUUCGCCGAAGACCCGUAUUUCCAAUGGGCAUUCGACCCUAGCAACUUCAACCGGGAACGCAACUACAUGAGUCUGAAAGCCAAAUGCGAAUGGGGGAUGCGACACGCCUUAUUCCACGUCGCCAUCGACACCGAAGACGAAGUCCCCGGCCGUGUGGUCGGAGUCGGGAUGUGGAUGAAACCGGCGCGAGUGGGCACACCAGAGACAUGGCUGGAAUGGUGGGACUCAUAUGUCCUAUGGUUCAAGCAAGGCUGGAACCUUGUACGAUAUCAAGGCCGAGGCGGCCUCAACACUAAACGCUACUAUAUCUGGAAGAGGGAACAGGCGGAAGCUCAAAAAGAACUAUGGACCGAUCCAGAGGGGUAUUACUUUUGCAACAUCGUCACCGUCCGUCCGGGUAUUCAGGGAAAAGGAAUCGGUCGAAAAUUGUUCUCCGUCGUCACUGACAUGGCUGAUCGUGAGGGGAGGAAGUGUUAUCUCGAAAGCUCGCGCGACAAUCCAAAUAUUGCCAUCUAUGAGAAACUUGGUUUUAAGCUGGCGAAGAAGAUGGUCUGUGAUGAUAAUGGGGUUGCUUGUGAUCUGUUUUGUAUGAUCCGCGAACCUCAGACUAAGCCGUGAUGGGCGGAGGAUGAUCUGGGUGAGAGUGAGUGAGUUGAUUGGUUGGGGAGUUAGGGAAGACUAGUGGCUCAGCAUCGGAUCGUGGGCCGGAAAUUCCGAUUUCUUCAUCAAGAUGAAGCUGAGAUUGGUGAAUUGAUGCAAAGGGUCUGGCUUAGCACUGGCACGCUGGAUGCGUUGGUCGGCCUUGGUUUGCAUCAUAUCUCCUUUCUCCUGAUGCUUGCUGCCUCAGGCCCGACAUGCCAUGGCUUCAAGUCCGACGGUCAACCCUUGCAUCAAUUGGCAGACCAUCUUGCCAAACACCGUAUUCUUCGACCAAAACGCUCAUACGAUCACCGAUCUGUAAGCGAGGUCUAUGCGAGUGUAACUGUCCAGCUUGCUUUGCAGGACAAUGGGCAUGGGUUGGCGAGCUGAUGGAGGUCGAUGUUGGCAGGAUGUACGUCAGUCUUGUGAGCCACGAAGACCUGAGGAUGGGAAGGACGGCGAAUUUGGAGCCAUUGUUUGGUUUGAUGUUGGUAGAGAUAAUGGGUGGAUAGUUGGUGUAGUCAUUUUUUGUCCUUUCAAGUACCUAGCAAUAGCCAAAUGAUAUUGUAAA